AUGGUAAAUAAAUCAGACUAUAAAGAAGACUUGACCAUUUAUGAAGAAGAUUUAGUAGGAUAUAUUGAUAGACCAAAAGGUGUAGAAUUUUCAACUAUUCAAGAUCUUGAAAAAGAUAGCAAUUGGUUAUUAUUUACAGGUAUUUCAUAUUUAGGAGCAGGUCUUAUUGGUGGAACCGUCGGUAUUAUAAAUGGUGUUUAUACACCAAACGUAGUUAUAAGUAGAUUCAAAACAAUUUUGAGAUCAACUCAUUAUUGUGCAUCACGUUCAUCAAAUAUUACCGCAUCAACUGUUUUCACUUUUGGUCUUUUUAAACGUAUUAUAAGUACUGCAUUCAAAAUUCAUGAAGAAGGUAUUAUAGCAUCAACUGUUUCUGGUGCCUCUGUUGGCAUUCUUUUAAGUGCCCCAAAAGGUUUUAUUAGAAGUGGUAUUUCUGGUUCAAUUGGUGGUGUACUUGGAUUUUUAUCAUCAUUAACAAGUAGAAGUGUUGUUACUAAAUAAAUAAAUAAAAUAAAUAAAUAGAUAAAAUAAAAUAUAAACUUUUUUU